UUUUUUUUUAAUUAAAAUGAACCUUUCAGCUAUCAGAUCAAUUGUUUCAUUCUUGUCAUUAAAUGCUUUACUAUAAAUUUAUGAGAAUCAGCCAGUAGAAUUCUGGGACACUAAUCAAAUGAUGUCACAUCCAAAGCUUACUCCUAUUUUUUAAUCAAAUUAGGUAAUUAUAAUUCUUAUUUUAGUAUAUCAAUUUACUAGCAGGUUUCGCUACGCUUGCAUUAGUAGAUAAGAAUAAUAAAAUAUAAAUGAGUAACAGUAUUUUAGUAGGAACAUCAGUUAUCAUCUAAAAUUUGAAGUAAUCUAUUGUAUUUUAUAUAUAGUUUAUUUAUGCCUAAAACAAUGAAUAUGAUAACAAUCUAUUUCUAACUCAUUGUAUUAAUUGCUUAACUAUUUUAAUUGUUUUCAUUUUAUUAUGAUAAAAUUCCACCAACUAUGCCCAAAAUAAAAUAAGAUAUUAUGAAAGAAUAAAAGCAAAUUAGAAAACCAAAUCAAAAGAAGUUGGUUCAAAAUAAAAAAAAAGAGAAAGUUUAGCAAAAACAAUAAAAAACUGAACAAAUUUAAUAAAUUGAAGGAAUAGAAUUAGAAUAAUAAGAUAAAUCAGAAGUUGAAUCAAUUGAAAAUGACUUUAACGAAUUCAUGAAACCAUAAUCAACUGAUUAAACAAUAACAGAAAUUGAAACUGAAAAUAUUUACGAAAUCAAUCAUGCUGAUCUUUCCUAAAUAUCUUAAACAAAAGAAGAAGCAAGUAUUGAAUAAUUAAAUUUUUAGAAUUAACUUUCUAAUUAAAAUUCAAUGGAGGAGAAGUUUCUAUUCUAAAUUGUACUUUUGAUUCAUUUGACUCUACAAUGAACAUUCUCAAUUCAACAUAUACAUCAGAAUAGAUUAAAUAAAUUAAAAUUCAUUUGUUGCUAAAUCUCUAUGAUGAAAAUGAAGAUUGUACUUGUAGACUUUGGUGUUUAAAGAAGCUUUUAACACUUAAUUGAUUAUAGAAC